CGUGGCGCCAAAGUUCCUGUGCAGAACAAAAAGCUUGGGAGUCCGCCUUGGAUAGUACUUGCUGCGACCUUAGUGGAAGAGACCCUGGGAGAUCUUUAAGUCACGCAAUGGAAGCAGUGACCUUUGAAGAUGUGGCUGUGAACUUCAGCAUGGAGGAGUGGGCUUUGCUGAAUCCAUCCCAAAAGAAGCUCUACAGAGAUGUGAUGGGGGAAACCUUUAGGAAUAUGGUUACUAUAGGAAGAAUGUGGGAUAAGCAGGAGGCUGAAGAAGACUACAGAAAUUGCUGGAGAAAUCUAAGAAAUGAAGAAGUGGAGAAAUGCUAUCAGUAUAAAGCUUGGAAUCGAUGUGAAGAAACGUUCCUUUGUACUCCAGUUGCUAAUGUGCACAGUAAACAAGCUGCUUCAACACCACCUGAAAGCCUUGCUUGUAGUGAGGCUCUGAUUGGUCAUUGGUCACAAAAUGUGCCCACCACGGCUCUCACUGCUCUGAAGCCAUAUAAAUACUUGAGACCCAAAGAGAAUUGUGAUCAAAAUGAAAGAAAUUGCAGUGAUAUCCAGUCCUUUCAGAAUCAUGCAAGGACAAAGGCUGGAGAGAAACCCUGUGAACAUCGUCAAGGUGGGAAAUCCUACUCUGAUCUUAGUGAAAGAACUCAUCUUAGAGAGAAGGCCUUUGUAUGUAAGAAAAAUUUUAAAGCUUCCAACACUGACAGUGAUGAUCAGAUCCAAGAAAGAAAUAAGAGUGGGAGAAAACCCUAUGUAUGUAAACAAUGUGGGAAAGUUUUCAGAACAUAUAAGUAUGUUCAGAUCCAUGAAAGAAAUCACACUGGGAGGAAAUUCUAUGUAUGUAAGCAAUGUGGGAAAGCUUUCAGCACUAGCAGUCAUUGUCGAACACAUGAAAGAACUCAUGGUGGGGAGAAACCCUAUGUGUGUAAGCAGUGUGGGAAAGCUUUCACCACACGUAGAUAUUGUCAGCUACAUGAAAGAGCUCACACUGGGGAUAAACCCUAUGUAUGUAAGCAGUGUGGGAAAGCUUUCACCACACGUAGAUGUUGUCAAAUACAUGAAAGAGUUCACAGUGGGGAGAAACCCUAUGUCUGUAAGAAAUGUGGGAAAGCAUUUAGCACGAAUGGUUAUUGUCGAAUACAUGAAAGAAUUCACACUGGGGAGAAACCCUAUGUGUGUAAGCAGUGUGGGAAAGCUUUCAUCUCAUAUAGUACUUGCAAUUCACAUGAAAGACUUCACACAGGGGAGAAACCCUAUGUAUGUAAGCUAUGUGGGAAAGCUUUCAAUUCUUAUAGUACUUGGAAAACACAUGAAAGAUUUCACAAUGGGGAGAAACCCUAUAUAUGUAAGCAUUGUGGGAAAGCUUUCAGCACAAGCAGUCAUUAUCGAACACAUGAAAGAGUUCACACUGGGGAGAAACCUUAUACAUGUAUGCAGUGCAGGAAAGCUUUCAGUACACGUAGUACUUGUCAAAGACAUGAAAGAACUCACACUGGGGAGAAACCCUAUGUGUGUAAGCAAUGUGGGAAAGCUUUCACCACACGUAGAUGUUGUGAAAUACAUGAAAGAGCUCACACUGGGGACAAACCCUAUGUGUGUAAGCAGUGUGGGAAAGCUUUCACCACACACAUGUAUUCUCAGAUACAUGAAAGAGUUCACAGUGGGGAGAAACCCUAUGUAUGUAGGCAAUGUGGGAAAGCUUUCAGCAGAAGCACUCAUUGUCGAGCACAUGAAAGAGUUCACACUGGGGAGAAACCCUAUGUAUGUAAGCAAUGUGGGAAAGCUUUCAGCACAAGCACUCAUCGUCGAACACAUGAAAGGAUUCACACUGGGGAGAAGCCCUAUGAAUGUAAGCAGUGUGGGAGGACUUUCAGCACAUAUGGAUAUGUUCAAAAACAUGAAAGAGUUCACACUGGGGACAAACCCUAUGUCUGUAAGCAAUGUGGCAAAGCUUUCGGCACAAAACGUGCUUGUCAAACACAUGAAAGAGUUCACAGUGGGAAGAAACCCUAUGUAUGUAAGCAAUGUGGGAAAGCUUUUGCCACACAUAGAGGUUUUAAAAGUCAUGAAAGGUUUCACAGUGAGGAGAAACCUUUUGUAUGUAAGCAGUGUGGGAACACUUUUAAAACAAAAAGUGCUUGUCGAAUACAUGAAAGAAUUCACACUGGUGAGAAACCCUAUGUAUGUAAGCAAUGUGGGAAAGCUUUCAGCACAAGCAGUCGUCGUCGAACACAUGAAAGAGUUCACAGUGGGAAGAAACCCUAUGUAUGUAAGCAAUGUGGGAAAGCUUUCAGCACAAGCAGUCAUUGUCGAACACAUGAAAGAGUUCACACUGGGGAGAAACCUUACGAAUGUAUGCAGUGCAGGAAAGCUUUCAGUACACGUAGUACUUGUCAAAAACAUGAAAGAACUCACACUGGGGAGAAACCCUAUGUGUGUAAGCAAUGUGGGAAAGGUUUUAGCACAAAAGGUGCUUACCAAACACAUGAAAGAGUUCACACUGGGGAGAAUCCUUAUGUGUGUAAGCAAUGUGGUAAAGGUUUGAGCACAAAACGUGCUUACCAAAUACAUGAAAGAAUUCACACUGGGGAGAAACCCUAUGUAUGUAAGCAUUGUGGGAAAGCUUUCGCCACAAGUGGUCAUUGUCGAUCACAUGAAAGAGUUCACACUGGGGAGAAACCCUAUGUAUGUAAUCAAUGUGGGAAAGCUUUCAGCAGAAGCAGUCAUCUUCGAACACAUGAAAGGAUUCACACUGGGGAGAAGCCCUAUGAAUGUAAGCAGUGUGGGAAAGCUUUCAGCAAAAGUAGUACCUGUCACAGACAUGAAACAAUUCAUAAAAUAUGGGAAAGCUUUCAGCAGAAGCAGUUGCCAAAAAUAGCUCACAUUAAGGUGAAGCCCUCUCUAUAUAAGUAAUGUUGGUAAGCUCUCCUCAGACAUGGUGAUUGUCAAAAACAUGAAAGCACUCUCACUGGGUUUUGAUCAUUCAUAAGUAAUGCAUGUAAAAUUUUUCAGAACACGUGAUUGUCAAAUACAUGAAAAACCCUUGGGAGAAACCAUGAAUAUAUAAGUAAUAUCAGAUAUGUGUCAGUUUACAGAAAUUGUUAAUUUCAUGAGAGAAGUCACCCUGGAGAUAUGCUCUGUAUAUGAGAGCUUAUUUUAAAAUCCUGUCAAAAAUUCUCGUGUAGUAGAGAUCUGUAGAAAUAAUACAAAAAAUUUGAUGUAUUAGCACUGGAAUAUGACGGCAAAUUCUUUUUUUUUUUUUUUUUUGCCUUUUUAUUACCAGGGAUCCAACUUAGGCCCUUGUGCUUGCAAGGUAGGCAGUCAAACCACUGAGCCAAAUCCCUGGCUCAAUGGCUACAAAUUCUAAUCCAACCUGGCUACAUAGUUCAGGGCCAUCCUGAACUGCAAAGCGAGACCCUGCUUCAAAAAACAAAGUAAUUUACAUAUGACUCAGAAAAUACAAAUCCCAGCUAGAGAUAUCCUGAAGUACAUAAAUUGUGUGGUUUUUAGUAAUAACUUAGAAACAUGUAGAUUAUGUAUUUUAGGGUUUAAAAAUAUUUUGUUGACAUAGUUUCAUAUUUUUUGUAUAUCUUUGUGCUUAAUCUAUGGUGUCUUUUAAUUAUACAUGGUAAACUGAAAAGUAGUUUUUACUUUCCAAUAUAGUUCCUCUGUAGUUAACUGUUUUGUGUUUAAAUUGGGAAGUAUGGACCACUAAAAAACGUA